AUAUUCUAUGCACUAAUUUUGGUUGUCUAGGUCUGUUCGUUCAGUAGGUCUUGCUUCGCGUACUGCAACUUCCUUUUCCCUUUCAAUUCUAGGUUCUUGUGUCGCUGCUUCUCUCCAUUGCGGCGAUUGCUGGUUAAAAAAUGGUUCAGAGAUUAACUUAUAGGAGGAGGCUCUCCUACAACACAAAGAGCAACAGGAGAAGGAUUGUGAGAACACCUGGUGGACGGUUAGUAUAUCAGUAUUUGAAGAAACCCAAGAAGAUCCCCAGAUGUGGACAGUGCAAGGACAAGCUGAGGGGAAUCCAGCCUGCGAGGCCCAUGGAACGCUCCAGGAUGUGCAGGCGCAAGAAGACAGUGAAGCGUUCAUACGGUGGAGUCCUGUGCCACAAGUGUGUCAAGGAGAGGAUAAUCCGAGCUUUCCUUAUUGAAGAACAGAAGAUUGUGGUUAAAGUCCUGAAGGCUCAAGGAACAAAGGCUCCAAAAAGUUAAACAGUUAUGUUAAUUUUAUAAAACCACUUUUUAAAAUGUG